AUGCCUUCGAGCCAGGUGGCCCUGGGGUCAAGCUCGCCUCUCCAGCUUCCUUCGGCCCUCGCCCGUCUUACCUCGCCCGUAAGACGGGCUGAUUACACCAACCGUGGCCGUAAUCCUCCUACCAGCUGCCUAGGGCCGAGUGCGCGAGGGCACGACGACUGGCUCGUGCACCCGUGGCGGCUGUGCGGCCCUGCGCCUGAUGCCGCCCUCCCCUCCAUUGCCCCGAGGCGCUCCGGAGGCGAGCGAGAACGGCUUGCGGCAAAAGCACCAUGCGUCGUCGCGCCAUCUCUCCUCUCUCCCUCGGCGCCACUGCAUUGGCCUGUCGAUGAGCUUGCCAAGCCUGUCGCGCCGUCCUGA